AUGCUUUUUCGAUUAUUUUCCUUUCUUUCACUUCUCUUCUUGAUCCAAGCGAAUACUUUGUUCAGGCUAAACGAGAACACAAAUUCGAUGGACGGCCCGAAUCAAAAUUUCCAAUAUUCUCUCUCGAAUAAGCCUCGUCUCUACACAUUUCGUGUACCCGAAACAGAGCUUGAGCAGGUUCGUAAACAAUUGUACUCUCGGAAAUUCUGG